GCGAUAAACGCUUCAGCGCACAAUUCAUCAUCGCCUCCUGAUGCAUUGCCUCAUCUUACCUCCACUGGCGCCGCACACAUGGUGUCCAUCGCAGCAAAGCAAUCCACCUCCCGUACUGCCGUGGCCCGAGGACGCGUCAUCUUCUCGAAUGCGACAUCUCUGCAGCUUAUCCGCAGCAAUUCGCUGAAAAAGGGAGACGUCCUCGCCGUGGCCCGCAUUGCUGGUAUCAUGGCUGCCAAGAAGACACCCGACUUGAUACCGCUCUGUCAUCCGAUUACUCUAGCCAGUGUGAGUGUUGAUGUAGAUGUUGUCGAUCCCGUGGAAGGCGCAAAUUAUAAAUUUGGCCAUGUUGAUGUAUCAGCCACGGUCCAAUGCGUCGGUGCAACGGGCGUUGAAAUGGAAGCGCUCACAUCCGUCAUGGGCGCUUGCUUGACAGUUUUUGAUAUGUGUAAAGCUGUGGAUAAGGGAAUGCGAAUACAGGAUGUCCGGGUCGUCAGGAAGGAGGGCGGCAGAAGUGGAACAUGGAGUGAG